UGAUCAUCCUGAAGGAUACUUCAGCCCCUGGGUCAGCCUUAACCAUCAGGGGACGGCGGAGGAACUCCGUUCAGACACCACUGAUAUCCAGAACGAAGUCUGCGUGUGGAGCAGCAUCCAGAAUCACACACGCCCUCUCUCAGGUUCCCUCUGAUUUGUGGGCUACCUCUCCCCAUGAUGUGGGCCUGGUUAAGAACUGCCCCCCAGUAGUCAUCACUCCGAAAUCUGACUACCGCCCCUGCCAGAAGCAAUAUCCUCUCAAACCUGAAGCUUUGGAGGGUAUUACACCUGUCUUUAAUUCACAUCUUAGGAGUGGUAUUGUUGUUUCUUGUCCAAAUUCACCUGUUCGCACUCCUAUUUUCCCAAUCAUGAAACCACGUAAACCACCAGCCAAACCUGACUGGCGUUUUGUCCAAGAUCUCCAAGCUGUCAAUAAAGCAGUUAUUUCACGGGCCCCUAUGAUGCCCAACCCCCACACCAUCGUGUCGCAGAUUCCUCCUACUGCUACACAUUUCUCCGUGAUAGAUCUGGCAAAUGCUUUUACGUCUGUUCCUGUUCAUCCAGACAGCCAAUUCUGGUUCGCUUUUGAGUUCAAUGGGAAACCAUACACUUGGACCCGGCUUCCCCAGGGGUACUGUGAGUCCCCCACAAUCUACAAUGAGGUACUAAGAGAUUCUCUUUCUUCUUUGCAGCUUCCACAGGGCGUAGUUUUAUUAACUUACGUUGAUGACCUUCUGCUCUGCUGUCCUUCUGCCUCCUUGUGUGAGGAGGCCACACUGGCCCUCCUCCUCCAUCUUCAUUCUGAGGGUCAUAAAGCCAGUCUGCGUAAACUACAGUUCUGCCAGCCUCAAGUCAUCUUUCUAGGGCAUCACAUUUCUGCCACCACCAAGGCCCUGACCUCUAAACGGAUCGAGGCCAUUCAGAAAGCACCAAAACCUGUUACCAAGAAACAGCUGAUGUCAUUUCUAGGUAUGGUAGGGUUUUGUCGGGCCUUUAUUCCACAUUUUUCUGAACUUGAGGCCCCCCUGACUUCCUGUAUACAUGGUAAGAAUCUAUCUGCUCAUGACCAUUUCUUCUGGACCCCGGAGGCUGAGCAGGCUUUCCUGUCUGUGAAACAAGCGCUGUGUUCUGCUCCAGCCCUGGCUCUGCCAGACCCAGCCAAACCUUUCUUUCAGUUUGUUGAUGAAAAACAUGGGUUCAUGUCUUCUGUUCUCCUUCAACAGCACGGCUCUCACAAGCGCCCAGUGGCCUAUUACUCUUCCAAGCUCGACUCUGUUGCUGCGGGUCUUCCUGGCUGUCUGAGAGCUGUGGCUGCAUGUGAGAAGGCUGUACUUGCAUCACGUGACAUUGUGGGAUACAGUGAGCUAACUGUUUUUGUUCCUCAUUCUGUAUCCAUUAUUUUGCUCGAACAAAAGACUUCUCAUCUGUCUGCAGCUAGAUGGCUGAGAUACACCACAGUUCUUCUCGAUAUGCCUAACAUCACUACGAAACGGUGUACAUCACUUAACCCUGCCACUCUUCUUCCUACCGCAGAAGAUGGUGUUCAUCACUGUUGUGAGACUGUUCUGUCUGAAAUCUGCACUCCGAGACCAGAUUUAUCUGAUGAGCCUCUUCUUAACUCUGAUCUCAUUCUUUUUUGUGAUGGCUCCUCCUUCAGAGACCAUUCUGGUAAGAACAGAGUGGGUUUUGCUGUCUGUGAUGAGCAUCAGGUUCUCUUCUCUGGCUCCCUCCCUUCACAAUUCUCUGCUCAGACAGCUGAACUUGUUGCUCUCACUGAGGCCUGUAAAUUCGCACAAGGUAAGUCCCUGACUGUGUAUACCGAUUCGCGUUACGCCUUUGGUGUAGUUCAUGACUUUGGUGCGUUGUGGCGUCACCGUAAUUUUUUGAAAUCUGAUGGUAAGCCUAUUUUGAACUCCACACAGGUUGCGGCUCUCCUUGACGCUAUUCUUCUUCCUUCAGAUGUCGCUGUAGUGAAAUGUCAAGCUCACACUAAAGACACUUCCUCUGUUGCCCGUGGCAACGCCUUGGCCGACCAGGCUGCUAAGCAGGCAGCUCUGUCAGCCUCGCCGCACAUUCUCACCUCUUCUCCUCUCACAGAAGAGGAUCACUCUCCUCCCUGUUCUCUACAGGACAUCCAGUCUUUUUCUACUCCAGAGGAACGCUCUGUCUGGAAGACUAACUCCUGCACCCCUGAUUCUGCAGGUGUAUGGCGCUCUGUUGAUGGAAAACCUUGCCUUCCUCGCCAUUUCUUCCCCUGGUUUGCUAAGUUGUCACAUGGGUUGGACCAUGUGUCAAAAGGGGGGAUGGUAUCUUCCACAACAUCUCUUUGGUUCACAAAAGGCUUCACUGUGGUGGCUGAAAAUUACUGCAAAAAAUGUUUGAUCUGUGCAGGCUAUAACACCGCCCGCCCUCUUGCCUGCCCUCCAGCUGGUCAUACACCACCUAAUCAGCCUUUUGAUCAUUUGAUGAUGGAUUUCAUUGAGUUAACACCUGCAGAAGGUAAGAAAUAUUGUCUAGUUAUGGUAGACAUGUGGUCAAAGUGGGUUGAAGCUUUUCCAGCAAAGCAUGCCACAAGUUCAGUCGUGGCUAAGGCUCUGGUGACCGAAAUCAUUCCAAGAUGGGGGAUUCCAGUUAAGGUCUCAUCUGACAAUGGUUCACACUUUGUAAAUGCGGCCCUGAAAGAGGUAAGUGGACUAUUGGGGUUCCAGCUUAAGACUCAUUGUGCUUAUCACCCGCAAUCAGGCGGAGCAAUUGAAAGAGAGAACGCCACUUUAAAAGGUAAGUUGGCUAAAUGUUGUGAAGAAACAGGACUGUCUUGGCCAAAAGCCCUCCCACUCAUUCUUAUGCACAUGAGAAUGAGGAAACGUGCCCGGACAAAUCUUAGUCCAUUUGAGAUUCUGUUUGGCAGACCUCCCUACACUGGUCUGGAUCCUCCAGGACUCUCCGUGUCUACCACAUACUGUGAAAGUAACAUGCUUGCUUAUUGUCAAAAUCUGUCCAAAGUUCUCUCACAGGUGCAGAGUGUGGUGAAAGAGGCCCUGCCACGCCCAGCAUCAGAUCUGCUUCACUCCUUGGUUCCGGGAGAUUGGAUCUUGGUUCGAGAGACGAGGAGAAAGCACUGGCGGUCUAAAAGGUGGCUGGGUCCCUUCCAGGUCCUGUUGGUCACUCAUACAGCCGUGAAGGUCGCUGAAAGGUCCACGUGGAUUCACGCGUCCCACUGUAGAAGGUUUCAAAGUACCCCAACUCCAGCUGACCUCUCAACCACAGGGCAGAAUAAUCCCUGA